AGGAGGAGCCCACACGCUCCACAUGCUCGGAGAGAUAUGAGUGUCAGUUGGACGCACUUGGAUUACCGGCUGCUGAACUGAGACAGCGUCUCCGCUCAUGAAAAUAUGUUCUGAUUAAACGUAUUUUAACGAGUGGAUAUUCUCCUCAGUCGGAGAUAAAACACGAGAUGCAGCGACAGCAUCAGUUAAUUAUAGUCCCAGACGAUGGAAUUCAGUUUGAGAAGCCCAGUGUGAGAAAGUGAAGUACGCAGGAUUUACAUUCUCAUCCACAUAACGAUAAAGUAAGGAUCUGAGAGCAUGGGUUGGCAAGAGACCCUAUGGCUUUUGACAUCAUUUAUCUUGAGUGUAACAAAGGCUGGAACAACAGAGACGAAAGCAGAGCCCACCACUGACUUAUCCUUUACUCCUGUUAUGAUGGCAAUGGAGGGAGAGAGACUGAUCAUGACUCAGUCUCAGUACAAAUGUCUGGAGCUUCUGGGUCGAGAUGGAACCCAUAAUAAAACAGGUUCAUUCUGCAGCAGAUUCUGGGAUGGCUUGCUCUGUUGGGAUGAAACCCCAGCUGGAACCUUCACUUCACAGAACUGCCCAGACUACCCCAGCUUUGACCCCUUGGAAAAAGUAACCAAAUACUGUGAUGAAUCUGGCAACUGGGUACUCAGUUCAUCCAUCAAUAAGACCUGGUCCCACUGUCUCACAUUCUCAAAGGAGAAAAUAAAGACGUUACCAGUUCAUGGCUUUUUAGAGACUGAGACGGAGAUGGAUCCUACCGCUGAGAGUCAGGUCAGCCCCGUAGUGACUCAGAAAGUGGAGGAGAGGAAGAAGAUCAUCAAUGGUCAAUAUAAAUGCUUUGAGAAAAUGAACAGAGACCAGCCAUAUAACAAAUCAGGUCCAUACUGCAACCGCACAUGGGAUGGAUGGCUAUGCUGGGACGACACACCAGCAGCAACGUACACAUCACAAAACUGCCCCAAUUAUUUCCCUGAUUUUGACUCCACUGAAAAGGUCACCAAGUAUUGUGAUGAGACAGGAAACUGGUUUAGGCACCCUGAGACAAACAGGACAUGGUCCAACUACACCCUCUGCAUUGCUCACACCAAGGACAAGCUCAAGAUGGCGUAUAUUUUGUAUUACAUGGCGAUUGUGGGCCAUGCUCUUUCUAUAGUGUCCCUUCUCAUUUCGCUGUCCAUUUUCUUUUAUUUCAGGAGCCUGAGCUGUCAGAGAAUCACUCUACACAAGAACUUAUUCUGCUCGUAUGUGCUCAACUCAGCUUUCACCAUCGUCAACCUCAUAACUGUGGUCAACAACCCCAAAGUGGUGCAGAGGAAUCCGAUUGGCUGCAAGGUGCUUCACUUCUUCCACAUGUACAUGCUGGGCUGUAACUAUUUCUGGAUGCUCUGUGAGGGGAUUUACCUGCACACGCUGAUUGUGGUGGCCGUAUUUGCCGAGGAGCAACAUCUGCACUGGUAUUAUCUUCUGGGCUGGGGAUUCCCCUUGGUGCCUGCAUCCAUCCAUGCUGUGGCAAGAAAGAAAUACUUUGAUGACAACUGCUGGAUGAGUGUGGAUACACAUCUGCUCUACGUGGUUCAUGGCCCCAUCAUGGCAGCUUUAUUAGUCAAUUUAUUCUUUCUGCUGAACAUAGUACGGGUCUUGGUGACCAAACUGAGAGAUACGCAUCGAGCUGAGUCUAACAUGUAUAUGAAGGCGGUGAGGGCCACCCUCAUUCUGGUGCCCUUAUUGGGCAUUCAGUUUGUCAUCUUCCCUUGGCGGCCAGAGAACCGCUUGGCAGGAGAGAUAUACGAUUACAUCAUGCACAUAUUAAUGAAUUACCAGGGAUUGCUAGUGGCAACCAUAUUCUGCUUUUUCAAUGGAGAGGUCCAGGGAACUCUGAAAAGGCAGUGGAUGCAAUAUAAAGCCCAGUGGGGUCAGCGUCGACGCGAGCACUGCUCCACGAGAUCCACCUCCUACACCGCCACCUCCAUCACUGAGGUGCCCACCUUCAUGUACCAUCACGACUGCAAUAGUGAACACUUGAAUGGUAAACAAACAGAAGACUCCGAGCUAGUGGCCCUCAAGACGGGCGAGACAUACGCAUAAACAUUUGGAGAAAAAAGAUAAUCCUGGGAAAGAAGUGAUUCAAUCAAACUGGAGACUACGGUGAAGAAACACUGACUGAACGUUUGCAAACUCCCCCAACUCAGACAGCACUUAAGUGUUGACACCAGAACGUUCAAAGCCCGUGUGUUGGCGAAGCUGUUUCUGUUGAAAUAUUACUCAAGGCUUUUGUUUAUAUUCUCUGCAGCUCUGCUUCUGCGAGCUGAAUCGUAAAAAAAUACAGACAUGGGAUGCGUUUUUUAAAACGUCAUUCUAAAGCUGCUAGUGUCAAGCUCCUCUCACAUCGUUUUUGGGCUUGUGGCCACAAAUAAAACAAGUUACUGUGCAAAAAACCAAAAGAUGUGUUGAUUUGUGGGUCGCCGAGUGUCUCUCUAAAGCCACUGGGAAACGUAUCCUCCAGAGGACAGGCUACACUCAUCCAUCUCUGAACAAAGGAAAGUUCUUCUGUGCCUGAUGGUGGUGAAAUGUCAAAGGAGGAUACAAAGAUCUGUCUGACAGUUAUUUCGCAUUUGAAAAUAGCUUUUAAUCAGUCUUGCGAGACUCCGGACUGCAUUAUUGUUUUUGCAGCUGCACUUCUCUGCCUCUUCUUUGUUGUGAAAGGGGGUGUGGAGGAAAAAGAUGAACAACAUGGACAAUUUUAGGACCGCUUAAAAGCAAAUUCAUAAACCUGUGCAUAGAUAUGCACAAAAAUGUAUUCUCUAAACAAAAACAACAGAAAAACUAUAUAUUAAAUAAGCUCCCGUGUUUCAGAGUGCAGAUUGCAUUUAUCAAGUCUGAUUUCAAGGCAUCUUUUCAGAGUUCUGGAGUGCUACUUUGCCAGUAAGUGCAUUUCCUCUUGGAAACCAAAAUCCACCUCUCACGAAUGCACCAAAUUCACUUCACGUUUUCAACUAGUGAUCAAUAAUCCACUUUUCUUCACUUGCCUCUAUUUGACCACAAAUUACUUUUGGGACUGACUGAUUUAGGCUGAAAAUAAGAAACGAAAAUUUAGAACUUUAGAUCUACUGAUCAAAAUAAAUUGUUCUCUGAAUAAAACAUUUAUAUCUAAAGCUCAAUUUAGAUAUAUAUUUAUAUAUAGGUUUCCACUGUUAUAUAUAUACACACACAAAAUUUUGAACUGCAAGUGAUACAUACAUGCAGACAAACAAACAUAUACCGUACAUAUGCUGUAGGUUUGCAAAAAAGAUUUUUAUUUUUAUUUUUAAAUCAAAGCAACCCAUCUUGCUCUGCCUGAAGAAAUGAUGUCCUCAUAUAUACUUUGGUGUUUUCUGAAACUAAAUGCAGAACAGCACUCCCAUGUUCAGUAUACUUAAGCGUGUGUAGACUGGACAACUGUGGGGAUAACAAGACCCUCUUGGCUCAAAUCAGUCAUGUCUGGGGUGUAUGUGAUGACAGCUGUCACAGAGUCUGCAUCGCCUGUCACAAGAAUGCAGUACCAACUCACAAAGAUAUCAAAUGCACAUGUGCAACUACAAUGAAAAUAUUCUUUAUAAAUGCAUCAGUUACUGUUAAAUAAAAAUUAAAUUCCUUGUAGUUUAAAGCUCACAUUUACAGUAUAGGAAUGCUCACGUUUCCUAACAAUGUGAAUUUAUGUAUUCAAUACAACACCAUUCUGGACACAAUCUUGUCUUUUUUUUCUGUACGAAAUGUUUAUUUUUGUUAUUUUGGAUUACAACACUGUACUUUUAUUUACAAGAGAUGUUUAACUGUAAAUAGUGUGUUGUGUUUCAACAGGUUUGAGGUGAAAUUGUGACAGUUGGGUCAUCCAUUGUGAGUUGUGUCAGUAUCUUGGACUUGGUAUUUACCAUGUAAUUGUUUUAGUCUAAAGUGAAAUUGAUUUAUCAUGGUGUAAAUACAGCCAGUCGUUAAGCUUGUUUGAGCUACAGUUAUAAGUUUGAAGUCAAAAAGCUACAUUUCUUGCUCAUGUUUUUAAAGUGUCUAUUGCUUAUAUUGGAGAUGUCACCUGAAAAACUACUGUGCUUUCAGAAAAAAAUAAUAAUACUAUUUUUA